AUGGAAGAACUCAAAGAUCGUAAUAGCUACGUCAAGGCCAGCAAUGCCGAUGGCCUCGCAAUCCUCGAAGCCACCACCACAUGGUGCUCCCAAUGCAAAGCAAUCGCACCCUUCGUCGAAAAAAUGAUCAAGCGCUACCCAGAAGCACGUUUCUACAAGUACGACACUGAUACAGCCGACGACAUCAGCCAGGAACUUGCUGCCAACCAGAUGCCAACGUUCCAUGUCUUUAAGGACGGUGAUCUUUUGGGAAGUGUCACUGGAGCGCGGGCAGCAGAGCUGGAGAAGCUGAUCAAGCAGGGGUAUGAUGGGAAGGUUGGUGAGGAUGAGGAGUAA